CUUGGCGUCUCGCCGGUUUGGUCAGCAGCUUUUUUCCCCGUUCUCUCCCUCCACUUCUUGGGUGAAGAACCAUGAGUUGGACCGUGCCUGUUGUGCGGGCCACCCAGAGAGUGAGCUCGGCGGGGGUGAAUUUCCUGUGUCUGGGGAUGGCCCUGUGUCCCCGUCAGGCGGCGCGCCUGCCGCUCAGGGGCACCUGGCUCUUCACCCCGGUGAGCAAGAUGGCGACUGUGAAGAGUGAGCUCAUGGAGAGCUUUGCUUCCGAGAAGCCCGUUCAUCACAGUAAGGUCUCCAUCGUAGGAACUGGGUCGGUGGGCAUGGCCUGCGCUAUCAGCAUCUUAUUAAAAGGCUUGACUGAUGAACUUGCCCUUGUGGAUCUUAAUGAAGGGAAACUGAAGGGGGAGACCAUGGAUCUUCAACACGGCAGCCCUUUCGUGAAAAUGCCAACUAUCGUUUGUAGCAAAGAUUACCGUGUCACCGCAAACUCCAACCUAGUGAUUAUCACAGCAGGUGCACGCCAAGAAAAGGGAGAGACGCGCCUUAAUUUAGUCCAGCGAAAUGUGGCCAUCUUCAAGUUAAUGAUUUCCAGUAUUGUCCAGUACAGCCCCCUCUGCAAACUGAUUAUUGUUUCCAACCCAGUGGACAUCUUAACUUAUGUAGCCUGGAAAUUGAGCGCAUUUCCCAAAAAUCGUGUUAUUGGAAGCGGCUGUAAUCUGGAUACUGCUCGUUUUCGUUUCUUGAUUGGACAAAAGCUUGGUAUCCACUCUGAAAGCUGCCACGGAUGGAUCCUCGGAGAGCACGGAGACUCAAGUGUUCCUGUGUGGAGUGGAGUGAACAUAGCUGGUGUCCCUUUGAAGGAUCUGAACUCUGAUAUAGGAACUGAUAAAGAUCCUGAGCAAUGGAAAAACGUUCACAAAGAAGUGAUUGCUAGUGCCUAUGAGAUUAUUAAAAUGAAAGGUUAUACUUCUUGGGCGAUCGGCCUAUCUGUAGCUGAUUUAACAGAAAGUAUUUUGAAGAAUCUUAGGAGAACACAUCCAGUUUCCACCAUAAUUAAGGGCCUCUAUGGAAUAGAUGAAGAAGUGUUUCUCAGUAUUCCUUGUAUCCUGGGAGAGAAUGGUAUUACCAAACUUAUAAAGAUAAAGCUGACCCCUGAAGAGGAGGCCCAUCUGAAGAAGAGUGCAAAAACACUUUGGGAAAUUCAGAAGGAGCUUAAGCUUUAA